CAAAAUGCCUCAAUACUUGCAUUGCUGCAGAAAAAUGCUAAACCUCACACAAGACAUUGAGCAACAUUUCAAUUACUAAAACACCCACACAAAUACCACAUGAAGUGAAACUGUAAAAGAACAUACUAAAACAAAGAUUAACCAAUGAGAUAAGAUGAAUUACCAAUACGCUGCGUUUAAGACUUUCUAUCGCUUUUGAGAAACCCAAAACGGUAAACUCCAACUUACAAAUUACAAAUUAUACAAAACGGUUUUGUGCAUAAUAACAUUACUCCUCCGAAUCCACUCUCUUCACUCUUCACACUCCAAGAAGCAAGAAAGAACCAUUCAAACCACAAAACAAAAAAUACAACUUUUUCACUUCAGAAAGUUGAAGAAGAAAACAGAACAAAAAAUGGAGAAAUCUGCCAUAACCGUUACAACAGAGUUUCUAUUUCUCACAUCUUUCAUCACAAUAUUCAUCGGUUCUGCAUUCGCUUCUCCAACACAAAAUCAAGAAUCUAACUCUCAAGAACAACAAGAUAAGCCGCCGAGUUACUUAAGGAUGGUGGCUAACGCAAGCGAGUUUCCCUUAGAAGAUUACUACGAUUACAUAAUAGUCGGCGGCGGAACAGCCGGCUGUCCAUUAGCCGCCACACUCUCCCAAAAUUACCGCGUAUUAGUCCUCGAACGUGGUGGAGUUACCCACGGUAAAUCCAAUUUAAUGAACCAAGAAGGUUUCUUGAACACAUUAUUAAACGCAAACGUAAACAACGCCAACAACGAAGACUCACCGGCUCAAUCAUUCAUUUCAGAAGACGGCGUACUCAACGCACGUGGCCGCGUUCUCGGCGGUAGUAGCGCAAUUAACGCCGGCUUUUAUAGCCGAGCCGAUCACGAAUUUUUUACACGCUCCGGUGUUAUUUGGGACUCAAAACUUGUGAACGAAUCUUACGAAUGGGUUGAAAGAGAAAUCGUUUUUCGUCCUCAACUUAAAACGUGGCAAUCCGCUUUUCGUGAUGGUCUUCUAGAAGCUCGUGUGGGUCCCUAUAACGGUUUCACCUUAGAUCACGCUACUGGUACCAAAAUUGGUGGGUCCACUUUUGAUACUUCAGGUAAACGACAUAGUUCCGCAGAUCUUUUACGCUAUGCACGACACUCCAAUCUUCGCAUUGCCGUUUACGCUAGCGUCGAACGAAUCCUUCUCGCUUCUUCAUCAUCUUCAACAACAACGAGUUCUGAAACUUCUUCUUCUGCAACAACUUCUGCGAUUGGAGUUCUUUAUCGCGAUCAAAACGGAAAAUAUCAUCACGCGAUUUUGAGAGGACGCGGAGAAGUGAUUCUUGCAGCAGGUGCAAUUGGAAGUCCACAACUUCUUCUAUUAAGUGGAAUUGGACCUAGACCUUAUCUUUCUUCAUGGGGAAUACCAGUGACACAUCAUUUACCAUACGUAGGUCAUUUUCUAUACGAUAAUCCACGUAACGGAAUCACUUUUCUACCUUCAAUUCCACUUGAACAUUCGCUUAUACAAGUUGUAGGUAUAACGAAUUCAGGUGCUUACAUAGAAGCAGCUUCUAAUGUUGUUCCGUUUUCAUCACCGGUUCGGAAUUUCUUCAUCCGUGAAUCUAAUUCGCCGCUUUAUCUAACUGUUGCGACGUUGAUUUCGAAGAUUUCAGGACCUGUUUCUGCUGGUUUUCUAAGAUUAGCUUCAACUGAUGUUAGGUUUAAUCCAAUUGUUAGGUUUAAUUACUUUAACAACGGUGUUGAUGUUGAAAGGUGUGUUAAUGGAACAAGGAAAUUAGGGGAAGUACUUAGGAGUAGAGCAAUGAAUGAUUUUAAGUUUGUGAAUUGGUUAGGUGUUAGAGAUUUUAGGUUUAUUGGACCUGCUUUGCCUAAUGAUGAAAGUGAUUAUAUUGAAAUGGCUGAUUUUUGUAGAAGGACUGUUAGUACUAUUUGGCAUUAUCAUGGUGGUUGUGUGGUUGGUAGGGUUGUUGAUUCACAUUUGAAAGUCAUUGGAAUUGAUUCUCUUCGGAUUGUUGAUGGUUCUGUUUUUAGUGUUUCACCUGGAACUAAUCCUCAAGCUACAUUAAUGAUGUUGGGAAGGUAUUUUGGGCUAAAGAUGAUUAGAGAAAGGGAAGGAUAUUCAAAUGAUUUGUAACCCUGCAAUUCUGUUUUUGUUGUUCUACAUAUAUAGGAUUACUUUGGGUUUUUUAAUUUUUUGUAUUGCAGUGUAAUCAUUGUUGAUGUUCAAUUUGGAUUAUUGAUGUAUAAUCAAAAGUAAAAUAAACCCACAUUGUAUAUACUGUAUAGAAUGGAUUAGUAAAAAAAUGCUUUGGGGGUGGAUUUGUAAUGAUUUUUUUGGAUCCCCUAACUUUUGAUUGAAUAGAUUAGAUUGGAUUGGAUUCUUUAUUUGCUGAA